AUGCUUCGAUCACUGUUCAAUAGUCGAGUUGCUGUUCGAAGAGCUUUUUCGACCGAAGCAUCCACCGAAAGUAUCAUAGAUUUCGUCGAUAAUGUCACCGAAUCUUCCGAGGCUCAGAAUCAAUCCUUUUCUUCUCUUUUACGCAACUCAAAAUUCAUGCAACUCGGCGAUUUCAAUGGGCGUCUGAUGGUGGGAAAAAUUGUGAACCGCAUUCAAGAAGACGUUUAUAUUGACUUCGGGCUCAAGUUCAAUGCCGUGUGCAAAGUUCCAGCAGUGAAUUCUGAACCGUAUCGUAGUGGAGCACGUGUUCUCAUCAGAUUACUGGAUCCCGAACUUUCUGAGCGAUUUUUGGGAUCAAAAACGGAUUUAACACUUCUAGAAGCUGAUGCAGUACUUGUCAGACUGCUAAAUAACACUCUCAGACGUCGUAAAACCUCCGAAGACAAGCCAGCAACGGAAAAAUCCAUUGAAAGCGCUCCAGUCGCAGCUGAAAGUGUACUUCCCAUUGCUUCUGUUUGA